AUGUCUUCCGCAACACCUUCCCACGAUGGGGACAGGCCCUUCAUCCCCUCCAGCCGGCAAUCGUUCAGUGGCAGUGUCAACGAUUCGCGCUACUCCACACCUCAGACACCCACAGGUCGCCCUCCGAUGUCCCGACCGUUGACCAUGAAGAUCGAUGAAGAUUCAAGGUACCGUGCUAUCAUCAAGCACCUUUACGCUAAGGCCUGCUCCAUGCGAUGGAUGACUUCCAGUGCCCUAUCGCCCGGCUCCUGCGAGGGUGUGUUGAUCCGAAAGGGUCAAGGAGAAUACGUCACAGAACCUGUAGCGGCCAACAAGGACCUCCUCUCGGCAGUGAAGAGGAUCAACCCAGGUGUUGCUCUCACCAUGAGCACUGACGGCACCCAAGCCAUCUUCGACGUGCUCGAGCCCUUCGAGACGGAGUUGAUGUUCCAGAACGGCUCUCAGAUCCAAAUCUUUGAAUCCAUGGCAGAGGUAGCCACCUCCAGUACCAUCCGCAAAUUCCAAUAUGCAGCUCUCAUUCGUCAGGAGAGGCUCCUUCUUGUGUGGCACGACGACCUUGGUGCUAUUCUUUCCCAGGCAAUGGAGAUCGAAUCCAGGAUCCUGGCCUUGGUCUGGGGUACUUCCAAGAACCCCUUCAGUGGUUUCGACAGCGCCAUCCAGUCCAGCGCCAACUCUACUCUUGGAGGAUCCACUGUCGACUUCGCUAUCGACGGCAAGAAGGAUGAUGUUGAGGUCAACGCUGAAGAGGUCGAUGGUGAUCUUGAGAAGGCUGAUGGCCCCAAGGAGUCGCUUGCACGCCCCCUCAUUUUCACCAGUUCCAUCUUCGUUGGUCUUGCCAUGGUCUUGAUCAUCAUCCUCGUCAUCGGUCUUGGUAACAAAGCCAUCAUCCUUCAGACAAUGACUGACCACUUUUACCCUCGUAUUCUUCUCAUCUUGACGGAGCCGCUCUGGAUCGCUUUGGGUCUUUUCUUCGUCGUUGUCGUCAUGGGUAACAUCUUUGAGGUUUUCGGACCUGUCACUGGUGUCAAGUCAAACAGCCGUUUCCACUCAGCCAUCAAGCCUAAUCUCGCUCAAGCCCGCGCUCAAGGAUUCACGCCAUCCACCAUCACUAUCCAAAUGCCAAUUUACACCGAGUCACUAGAGGGUGUCGUCAAGCCUACUGUCGCCAGUUUGCAAGCCGCCAUCUCCUACUACGAGUCUCGCGGUGGAACUGCGCGCAUCUUCAUCAACGACGACGGUAUGGCUGUUCGGUCUGAGGAGGACAACGAGAAGUUCCUUCGCUUCUACGAGAACAACAACAUCGGAUGGGUCUCGCGUCCCAAGCACAACCAUGAAGGAUUCGUUCGCCGUGGAAAGUUCAAGAAGGCCUCUAACAUGAACUUCGCCCUCAACACCUCCAACAAGGUAGAGGAUGUUCUCCAAAGCUUGGUCGACAAUCGCUAUGACAAGGGUAACGCUUCUAUAUCCGAGGAGGAGGAGCUUGCGCUCUACCACGAGGCUCUCGAACAGGUUCUUACUGCUGAUCCCCGCGCGAAGGCUGGUGGUAACAUCCGUAUGGGUGAGAUCAUCCUUAUCGUCGACUCUGAUACCAUCGUUCCCGAAGAUUGUCUCAUGUACGGAGCUGCAGAGAUGUUCUUGUCGCCUGAAGUCGCUAUCGUUCAACAUGCAACUGGUGUCAUGCAAGUCUCAUGGGAUUACUUUGAGAACGGUAUCACUUACUUCACCAACCUUGUCUACACUGCUAUUCGCUUCUCGGUCGGUAGUGGUGAAGUCGCCCCCUUCGUCGGUCACAACGCUUUCUUACGCUGGCAAGCUGUCCAGUCAGUCGGCAACCCCCCUGAAGAUGAUGGUUACGUCUGCUUUUGGUCGGAGAGCCACGUUUCCGAGGAUUUCGAUAUUGCGCUCCGUCUCCAGAUCAAGGGUAACAUCGUCCGCCUUGCUAGCUACCACGGCCGUGGUUUCAAAGAGGGUGUCUCGCUAUCCGUCUUCGACGAGUUGGACCGAUGGGAGAAAUACGCGUACGGUUGCAACGAAUUGGUCUUCAACCCCGUCCACACCUGGUUGUGGAAGUCGCCAUUCACCAAGCUCUUCCGCACCUUCAUCUUCUCCAACAUCCAGCUGUCUUCCAAGAUCUCUAUCUGCGGUUACAUCUUCUCUUACUACGCUCUCGGUUCGGCUGUUCCCCUUGGUGCCCUCAACUACUUCCUUGUCGGAUGGCUGAACGGCGACCUCGACAAGUACUAUGUCGAAUCUUGGAAGAUCUUCAUCGUCUUGCUCAUCGUCUUCAACGGAAUGUCAAACGUCUGCUUUGCCAUUAUGCGCUACCGUAUUGGUGAGGCCAGUUUGUUGGGUGCUUUCUUCGAGAACCUCAAGUGGAUGCCCUUCUUCAUGAUCUUCUUCGGUGGUGUCUCAUUCCACAUCCUGCUCGCCAUUUGCUCGCACAUGUUCUGCAUCGACAUGAGUUGGGGUGCCACAGCGAAGGAGAAGGACAACUCCAACUUCUUCGCAGAGUUGCCCAAGAUCUGGAAGCGCUUCAAGUGGAUGUACAUGAUCAUGAUUGCCAUGAUUGGUGGCAUGAUCUACCUUGGAUGCUUCGCUCCUCAUGGAUGGGAGAUUACCGGUUUGACCGCUGUCUUGCCUUGGGCCGUGACCGUUAUCAUGCACUGCCUGUUGCCCAUUGUACUGAACCCGUCGCUGACGGUCUUCAACUACUGA